CAUUUAGCCAAAUAUGAUGGCGACAACUGCUCAGAGUGUGGUUGCCAGAUACAGUUUGCCCCAUCCCCCUUUGUACUGCAACCGGGAUAUAACAACGGUGGUUGUUCGGCAUUAUGAACAUCUUUUUAUUGUAUUAAUAUAGUAUCUAUCUAACUUCAGGCUUUAUGAACAUAGUCAGUAUUUUCACCAAAAAUAGAUACCAUAAGAGAGUUAUGAUAUUUAAUAUUUAAGGCCUUGGACCUACAGGGGUCCCAGGUUCCCUGUGUGUUGUUUCUAACUUGCAUCAUUAUAUAUUUCUUAGGACAUUUGCAAGUACAACAAGAUAUACUGUAUUUUUAUUUAAUUUUGUGGCCAUGUCUUGAGAGGAACAUGAGUGUACAAAUCUUUUUAUAAUUUACUAUUUCCAAGGUCAAAAAUGAUCAUUCCUCUUAACUUAAUCAUUGUGUUUUGAAUUGUGUAACCGGUGACAGGGUACUUGUAGGAUGCAGUGGGCAAUAGGGGCACAAGAGCACUAUUGCCCGGGCCCUCAAACAUGGUCUUGAUUGCACAAUUGAAAUAUCCCUGGUAGUCAAGUCCAACAUGUUCGAUAGAGACUAAGCUUACAACUCGUACUUUUUAUUUAAGAAGUCAUACAUUUGACUUAUUGUCUCUUUAUGUUUGAUCUACUGUGAGCAUUACCUGGUAACACAAAAACGGCACACAUUUUGCGUUCAACAGCCCCCCCCCCUCCUCCUAUUUGAUAUGGGCCUAGAUUGACAGAGAAUCUGACCAACUGAAUACUGAUUUAUGACGAAGGUUUAGUGAGCCACAACAGACCAUUGAAGGAAUUAAGUGGCCGGGCAAUUGUUUUACCGCUAGGUGUCAAUAUAGCUGCUAUUAUAGACGUUAAACAGAGGUCUGGAGUAACUGUAAUUCAGUUAAUCACAUGGUACUUUUGUUAUGCAAUAUAAUAAGAUAAACUAAGCUGAUAGUAAAUAUCAGAUGUGUUGCUAAUUGUAAGCACUAAUUAAAGGUGUUAUUCCCUAUUAGUACAGGACUUCACAUCCAGUAAUUAUCAGUACAGUCCCCUCUCAGUUUACUGUGACCUUAAAAUGUUGAGUAAGGGUCCAACCCUUUCUCAGGAUCAUGGUCUGUCUUUGAGGAGCACCCUCCCCUCCUCUCCUUUGAAGAGGCCUAUAUUUAGGUGCACCCACUCAGCGGCAGGGACACAACAGUGACUGUGAGAGAGGAUUUUGACUGGUGAGCGGGGACAGGAUUUCAAGCAAAUAAAGGAACUAAAAGUGAAUCAGUAUCAGGGAGGAAUCAGGAAGCGUCUUUGGCCAUUUUGCAAGCCCAUGCUGUUUUGCAAAUAAGGAGCAUCUUUUUUUUUGCAACCCGUAAACUGACUUUGAAAUAGAAACAACAAAGGGUGAGGCAUUCACUGAUAGGAUGGGGGACAAGAAACGUAAAGUGCCUAUUGUUGAAGAUACAAAGGUGAGAGUACUUUAUGAAACUGAAGCAUCAUUCGAGCCCGAUGACAAAGCUGAUUACCCUUCUGCUGGUACUAACUCCAUCUACUCAGCCAUUCUCAGCAGAAACGAGGCUGUCAAGGAUGCCACGCGUCUCAAGACUUUUUUGGAACUGCGAGACAAAUACGCGAAGAAGAAGGUGGUGUUUGAAGACCCCCUGUUCCCUGCAAAUGACUCAUCGCUCUUCUACAGCCACAAACCUUCCAUGAAGUUCGAGUGGAAACGUCCCUCGGAAAUUUGUGAAAACCCCCAGUUCAUCAUAGACGGAGCCAGCAGGACAGACAUCUGUCAAGGAGAAUUGGGUGACUGCUGGCUGCUCGCUGCCAUUGCCUGUUUAACAGUGAACGAGAAGCUGCUGUACAGAGUGAUUCCCCCGGACCAGAGCUUCACCGACAACUACGCCGGCAUCUUCCACUUCCAGUUCUGGCGUUACGGCGAAUGGAUCGAUGUGGUCGUGGACGACCGCAUCCCCACCUGCAACAACCAUCUAGUGUUCACCAAAUCUUUCAGAAAGAACGAGUUCUGGAGCGCUCUUUUGGAAAAAGCGUAUGCCAAGUUGCACGGGUCCAUGAGGCCCUUAAAGGGGGGCAACACUUUGGAAGCCAUGGAGGAUUUCACAGGAGGAGUUACUGAGUUCUUUGAGUUGUCAGAGUCGCUCAAAGAGCUCUUCAGCAUCAUGAGGAAGGCACUGGAGAGAGGCUCGCUGAUGGGCUGCUCCAUCGAUAUUUCUUCAGCCACUGAACUGGAGACUCGGACUGAUCAGGGGCUGGUCAGGGGUCAUGCCUACUCCAUCAUAGGCCUGGCGGAGUGUGACGAGGUUGCGAAGGACACCAGAAUCCGACUGAUUCGAUUGCGCAACCCCUGGGGUUGGGUUCUGUGGAAGGGACCAUGGAGUGCAAACUCAGAGGAAUGGUCGACCAUUUCCACAGCAGACAAGAACAACUUAAAAAAACAGACUGUAGAGGCGAGUGAGUUCUGGAUGUCUUUUGAUGAUUUCAAGAGGAACUUCACCAAGCUGGAGCUGUGUAACUUGACCCCUGACACCCUGCAGGGGGAUGAAAGGCACAGCUGGACCGUGUCAGUCAAUGAGGGUCGGUGGGUGAGAGGCAGCUCUGCUGGCGGCUGCAGGAACUCCCCACAAACAUUCUGGACGAACCCUCAGUAUCGGCUGCAACUGUUCGAGGAGGAUGACGACCCAGAGGACGGGCAGGCGGCCUGUACGGUUGUCGUGGCUCUGAUGCAGAAAGGCCGACGGAUGCAGCGGCAUCAAGGGGCGAAGUUCCUCACCAUCGGAUUUUCAAUCUAUGAGGUGCCGAAGGAGAUGUGUGGACAGAAUCAACACCUGCAGAAGGACUUCUUCUUGUACACAGCCUCCAAAGCUAAAUGCAAGACCUACAUUAACCUGCGGGAAGUGACAGAGCGUAUGCAUCUGCCUCCAGGAGAGUAUGUCAUAAUCCCCACGACCUUUGAACCCCAUCAAGACGGAGAGUUCAUUCUGAGGGUGUUCUCUGAGAAGAAGAGCACGUCAGAGGAAGCGGAGGACACCAUCGGGUCUGACAAAACGCAGCAAGACGAGAAAAAGAAAGAGAAGCCGAUUGUAUUUGUGUCAGACAGAGCACGAGCCAACAAAGAAAUUGAGCACGAUGGCAUUCAGGGGGAAAAGAAGAAGAAGCCAAAGCGAAAACUACUCCAACCAGAGGAGGAGACUGAAGAGGAAAAACAAUUCAGAGCCAUUUACCAACAGAUUGCUGGUGAGGACAUGCAAAUCUGUGCCAACGAACUUAAGAUGGUCAUGAGGAACGUACUCGCCAAACAUAAUGAAAUAAAGACUGAGGGUUUCAGCCUCGAGACAUGUCGCAGUAUGAUCGCACUGAUGGAUACUGAUGGGACGGGAAAGCUAAACCUGCAGGAGUUCAAACACCUGUGGAAAAAGAUCAAGGAGUGGCAGAUGAUCUUCAAACGAUACGAUAAAGACAAAUCCGGCUCCAUCAGUAGUUUUGAGAUGAGGAACGCUGUUAAUGAUGCAGGGUUUCACCUCAACAAACAGCUGUAUGACAUCAUCGCCAUGCGCUACGCAGACGAACACCUCAACAUCGACUUUGACAGUUACAUCUGCUGUUUUGUGAGACUGGAGGGCAUGUUCAGUAACUUUUAAUGCUUUGACAAAGAUGGAGAUGGAAUAAUAAAGCUAAAUGUCCUGGAGUGGCUUCAGCUGACGAUGUAUUCUUAAGUCACCGCAUUGACCACAUCUGACAGUUGGAGCUUCACAUUCAUGACUCAACUCUCCUCGACAGCCUCGUUAUGUAUUUUUGCACAGAUUUUUUAGAUUACAUCAAAAUCAGGGGUUUGAUAAUUUAAGUUAUGUAAAUUAACUUUGUCUCAACAAUCAAACUGUUAUGAUUUAGACUUAAUUUAAGCUUUUUCUUUUUUUUUAAAAAGGUAAACUUUGGCGCCUUUUAUGGCGUUUUACAUGUAAACUGUAACAUGAGGCAGCGUACAACCGUGUGGCUGUAAUUCUGUUUUUUCUUUACACAAUUGAACUUGCAACGGUUCUGUUUUUAGCAGCGCCUCGAGCAUACAAGGCCUGAUGCUGCCAACCACGAGGCAGAGAAUAGGAAUCCAAGCAGAAAUAGCCUGUAGUUCUACUUGAAUCCGCCUACGUCCAAUGACAGUGCUGCAUGCAGGAACUUUCCCAGUGAAUACAGAAUGCACUGAGGGAUUUACUGCUUUAAUUGACUACAUUUACCAUCAACAUUGAUGUCCACAUAAAAGGUGGUGAUUUCUCCCUUUAAGUGUCACUAUUGAGCGGAUUUCCUGAAACGUGAUCAGUUCUCUGUAGAGCUGAUGAGUGACAGCCGGAUUAUCAUGUUAUCAGUGUUUGGCAUGAGGCAGCGAUGGGUGGUGAAGCAAGAAGGCGAUUGACCUUCGUUUCUUCAGUUCCUUAUUUGUGAAGAAUAUGAUGCAAAGCUAGAAGUAUAAGUGUUAAGAAAUGUUUGAAUAUGAGAACUGAGUGAAUAAGCAUUUUGUUUGACAAAUCAUUAGCGAAAGCUGAAUGUACUGUGUGUUUUAGAAUAUAGCAGAGAUGAAUCCAGUACAUCAUAUUUGUAUUGCUUUACACACAGUAGGUAUUAAACACAAAUCAAAUACACACUGUACACUAUAACAUACACACAUGUUUCUCCUACUACACUUUUCAAAGUAGAGUUUUGAAGGUGAUAUGGGAACAAGUGAGAAUAACUCUCGGAAAUGUAAGUUGUAAUUUAGUGGAUGGGAUAUAAAUGUAAAGAUGUUAAACAUAUUUUCUAGUCAAACCUCUCAGUCAACACAAGGAAUGAAUUAGAAAGUGUUCAAGUGUGAAAGAUGGUAAUAAAGAUACAUUGUCUUAACACUGA